CGCGUUUCUACUCAUGAUCAGUCAAACGUCCCGCGUGGCGAGCAAAUGGAAAAUCUAUCGUGUUUGGUCAGUGCUUCCUGUGUCCACCCAGCUGAACCGGAGAUACGGGAGAAGACGAUGCCGGGCCAGAUCGGAGUGGUUGGCCACCAACUGUAUCAUGAUAUUAUCAGACAUAGACAUGGAGAAAGCUCGGAUUUGGACCAAUCCAGCCCCAAAGACAGUGCGUAUCAAUCGAGGACAGAUGGAAACAACGUUGGGCGUUUCCAUAAUAAUGACCGUGCGCACCUGACACUUUCCACACAGCCUCCCACGCCCCUUGGCUCCCUUCUGGCAGGGUUUGAGGCAGUUUGAGCAGACGCUCGCAGAUGGCCAGUGGAAAAAAAUGGGCCGGCGGUGGCGGGCGACGACUCGACAUUCUUCACAAAGUGAUCUAUCACACUGCGCACACCAUCCCACACUCCAUGGAUCGCUCCUGGUAUAUUUUGAGGUAAAUUGAGUGGACGCUCGCUGGUGCCAGGGGGAUGCAAGUGGUGGCCGUCGGGCGGAGGCUCUGUCGACCUACGCCAUGAAUGCAUAUCCCCGCAGGAUUCCCUUCUGUGAUCCAGCGCAGUCCACUUUUGUGAC